GGCCGACAUACUCAACUUUGAUCUGGUAACAUAUAUAAAGUGAAUUCGAUUUCUCUUUCUUUCCUUGAUCUUCUCGUUUAAUCAUUGGCCUCUAUAUACCAUAAUGGACAUCCCAGUCGCUCCACCAGAAGCCUAUGAAAAUUACUUUGUCCAAGAGCUUGCGCCCAUCGGCGGCAGUCUUGUAGGAUCUUUCUUUGUGGGUGUGAUACCUCUAAUCCUGCUCUUGCUAUUGCUUGGUGCAUUCCGUAUGCCUGCUCAUUUUGCUGCCAUUUCUGGUCUCAUCGUUUGUAUUUUCAUAGCGAUUUUCGCAUGGCAUAUGCCUGCUAAACAAGCAUUUUUAGCAAUAGCCAACGGUCUUGUCUUUGCUAACUGGCCAAUCAUGUGGAUCGUUUUUAACGCAAUGAACGUCUAUAAUACGGCUGUGCAUUCGGGGAUUUUUGAUAUAUUCCGAAGAUGGAUGUUGACCAAUGCCCCGCCUGACAGACGUGUCUUUUUGGUGCUUAUCGCUUUCAGUUUCUGUGCUAUCUUGGAAGGUGUUGCUGGCUUUGGUACUCCCGGUGCUAUCUGCUCUGCAUUGCUGGUAUCUCUGGGUUUCAAGCCCCUCGAUGCGCUGACAUUUGUGCUACUGUUCGACACUACGCCAGUCGCCUUUGGUGCACUCGGAAUUCCUGUCACGACGCUGGCCCGUCUUACGAAUAUCGAAGCAAGCGCCAUCUCAGCUAUGUUGGGUCGUCAGCUUCCUUUAUUCAGUUUGUUCCUGCCCCUCUAUGCGCUGUUUUUUUACUGCGGUUUCCGUGCUGGUGUUAUUGAGUGCUGGCCACUCGCAUUGGUAGCUGGUGUCUCGUUUGCCGUCGUCCAAGGUAUCUUUGCCAACUUCGUUGGUCCUGAACUGCCUGAUUUGCUUUCUGGCUUGGUCUCCCUUUUUGCCAUUGUCAUCUUUGUACAAUUCUGGAAGCCUCCUUAUCGCGAAGAAUUCAGGGCCUUCUUGGUCGCUAAUCCCGCCACUGGUGGCAGUGCACAGCAGCAAGACAACAAGUCUUCGGUUAUCGUUAACUCGGCCGGCAACAACAGCGUCCGAUCUUCAAUUAGCGACAAUGGCUCUCGCCAGCAACAAGAAAAUGGAGAAUCCCAACCAAAGACCCAAACUGCCUUUGUGGAAAACGUUGCAGAACCCCAUCGCGAUCCCAACGUUGAUCCUGACGAAGAAACAGGCGAGCUCAGCAAACCACCAACUACAGCCGAACUUGUCAAGCCUACUUUGUACGAAACUAUCAUCGCAUGGAGCCCUUGGAUUAUUAUUGUUGUGCUUGUUGUGAUCUGGACCUUUGCCGGAGUCUCCAAGUACGGAGAACAGAUGGUACAAAUCCCCAACCUUCACGGUCGCGUCUGGCUCACGCUUUAUGAUAAGCCAUAUGAUGCCAUUUGGGAUUUCCAGCCUUUGGCCACUGGCACUUGUAUCCUUGUUUCAGCUAUUUUGUUUGAUAUCAUUGUCCUUCUGUAUGGCGGCAAGCCCAUCAUCUUUUGGUACGCCUUUAGAGAUACGUGUAAACAGUUAGUCUAUGCUGAUAUUACGGUCUCCGCUAUUAUGGCUUUCGCCUACUUGUACAACUAUUCUGGCAUUGUAUAUACCGUUGGUCUCACUCUUGCCCAAGUCGGUCGUGCUUUCCCCUUCCUUUCUGCAUGGAUCGGUUGGGUUGGCUGCUUCUUGACCGGUAGUGAUACCUCUGCCAAUUCCUUGUUCGGUAAUCUUCAGGUUGUUGCUGCCCGACAAAUUGGCUUGUCAACCGUUCUCAUGGCUGCUACCAACACCAGCGGUGCCGUUACUUCCAAAAUGAUUUCGCCACAAACCUUGACAACCGGUGUUUCAACCAUUGGCAUGCGCGGUAAAGAAGGCCACGUACUUCGUCGUACAAUUUUACACUCGAUCUUCUUCGCCUGUCUCAUCGGUGCUAUGGCAUGCAUUCAGCAAUAUCUUAUUCCUGGAAUCAUUCCACCUUGGGGCGAUAACGAAGCCGCUGCCUAAAUUUAAGCUCAUGUAUCACUUACUGUAUAAUCGUACCACUUCCUAUCUUAUUUUCAGAUUUCUUGUACAUAUAACCGUAUUAAAAUAUAAAUGUAUUAUCUUUACUUUUUCC